AUAAGUAGGAGUUUAAUCUGCGACAAUAACCAGAACGAAGUUGUUACAGCAAGGGUCACGCUAGAUUCUCGGGGCAACUCGAGCUCUUCGUCUGCAAUGUGUGAAGGGUUGACUCCAAGUAUGCCAUUAACUGAGACGAAGCCGGUGAAGGUAUUGUCUGGUCGGCGUACUGUUCGAUGGCGUCGAUGUAAUCAAGGAAAGAUCGCUUGAUGUUCCGCAGAGACUGCUUAGAGGAGAGUGUAUUAUGUUCCUUGUAUUGUAUAUUGGAAGUAUGCGGGCCCCGCUAUGUAAAUGUUUAACAGGAGGCAUCAAAAGGUGUCCUGUAAUCGUUCGUACAUCCAGGCGACCAUAUCAUUGCCGAUUGCCUUGUAUGUUGCCAAAAACGUUUCUUUGUCCUUUUCCCAUGAGCUGCCGGCUAAUCGACUUGAGGAUUUUGUUGCGGCUCUGUACUUUGGUAGUAAUCGCGCUCUUCUCAUGGGUCUUCUGCCAUAUAACACGCUGGCUGAAGAGUUCGUAUCGAGUUUUAAUGAAAAAAAUUCUUGUCGUUAAAUCACCGUUGGGUUUUGCAGGCCAAAAAAACGUAAGCCCAUGCUAACUGGAAAGUCAGCAAAACUAAGGUGCUUUAAAAAUAUUUGUAGCUUUCCAGUGCAUUAUCGACAUAAUAAGAAAACGUGAAUGACAAUAACUACAAUUCCUCAUAAAGCGUGGAAAAACAUUAGCAUAUUGUGUAUUCAAAACUGUUACCAUACUUGCUGUUUCAGUAAAAUAUUAAACGAUGAUUUACUGGUGGAUAGUUCAUUGAACAUAGAUUACCUUUGGGCAACUAUUUCUGAGAACUCUCUAAAUUCCGGUUUUUUUGUGGAAUACGUAGACGUUGACUGACAGAUAAUGACAUAUUGGAACAAGUUUCGCAUAUAAAUAAUGAAAAUGAUGAGGAUGAUGAUGACGCCGAAGGAGAUGAAAUUUUAAUUAACAUACAAGCCACAGCGUUAAUUCUUCAACUUUUUUUUCAACACAUAAUGAUAUAAAUAGCAAACUAAGAGAAAAAAAUACCAAGCAAUCGAAAAUUACAGAUUUCUUUAACGUUUAUUACUCCGGACUUGACUGUAUAUAUACAUACAUACAUACAUAACACAGAUUUUUGUAGAAUUCACAAUACAGAUUUCCUACAUAGAAUCAAAGUGAGGGUCGCUAACCUUUCAAACCCCUAAAGAUCGCAUUAUCAAACAAAACAGAGAAAUGUACAAUAAACUGGACACAUGUUUGUAUCUACAUAGAGACAUACAUACAUAUAUGUACAUACGUAUAUCCACUACUACUUUCGCUUUUUUGAAGAAAUAAUGGACUUGCAAUUUCAAGAGCGAAUAAAUCGAAGCCAGAUGCCCUUCUAAAAGCAGAUCAAAGCAGAUAUGGCGGGAUGUUUAAUAAUAAAUCGAAAUCCGUAUAAAAGUAGAACCAACGUGUUGGAGCGUAGUUAUGUCACAGUAAAAUUCUGCAGAAAAUGAAGUCUGUUAUACUACUCGGAGGGCUGAUAUUAACAAGCCUGCUUGCUAUUGAGUGCUCCAUUGCUGAUGGAACUUCUAAGCCAUUUGUGCGCAGCCGUUACAGCAAACGUUGGCGUAUUGCAACAACUGAGGCAAAUCCCGACAACAGCAGCACAGCCACAACAGAGCAACAGAAGAAUGUAGGAGUGGACUCAAAAACCGGGCUAACAACUAUUGUGAACAACGAGGGCAAAUUGGAAGAAACCACAGUUAUGGUUAGUCCGUCCAUGCCUUUAAGAACCACAACAGCGAACUCUAAAGUUAUAGAGGAACCAACUAAAAAACUUAUCAGCACCACAACUGAACACCCAAGACACAAUGGUCCAAAUGGCUUGCCAUUGGACUAUGAUUACUAUGGUAAUGGUGGAGAAAAUGAGGAAGAUGCAGGUCAUAAAUAAUAAACUUGUUCUAAUAAAUAUACUUAUUACUAUACAACCAUACAAAUAUAUACUACAUAUAAGAAGAAAAGCUUGAAAUGAUUUAGAUGUUUAUUUUAGUUUUCGUUAAAAUUCACACUUCACAAAUAAUUUCGCCAUUAUAGUUGAAGAGCAUCUGUAUUAGUAUUUAACUUUAACAAUGGCAACUCCUCAAAACAGCUGACCAGCAAGUAAAUUAUCUGCUAGGUGUUUAUAAAUAUAUAUAAUUUAUCGAAAAAAUACAAAGUAAUUAUUGUACAACAUAAGCAAAUUUUGUGCACAAACUCAGCCAAAAAAAUUUUGCGUAUAUCACAAUUACAAAUAAAUGAAUCGCAACUUUAAUGUGUAGCGAAGAAAAACAGCCCUUUGCGGAUGUACAAACUUGUAAGGUGGUGGGAUUUUACAUAGAUAUAAAAAACACUUGUUGAAAUUUUAAAUAAGAUGCAAAGCAAUUGUAGUGUAUUCUAACCAUGUCCAAACUUUAAGUCACCAUACAUAUGUACUACGUUCGUAGAAGUUUUCUUAUAUCGUGAGGUCAAGUCUGAGAUUAAAUAAAGUGAACAAGUGAAAGUAGGGUAUAACUCACCGAGCAGGAAAGAUCUGAACUACUUCAACCUAUUCUGGCUGUUGGCUGGUCAUUAGAAGAUAACCGCGAUGCCAUAUAUAAGAAUUAUUUUUUAGUGAUUUCAAUGCUGCUUUCAGUUUUAUGUCGUGUUGCUUUGCUUGCAGAAAAACUGAAUCAUCAUCCCGAGUGGUUGAAUGUAUACAAUAAAGCACAAUUAACUUUGUCUACGCAUGAUGUUGACGGUCUCAGUGCAAAAGAUAUUCGUGUAGCUACACACAUGGAAGAACAAGCCAAACGUCUACUCUUAGCAACCGUUCCAAUUAGUGUGUGGUGUUUUCAUAAUGUUGUUAGUUAUAAUAAAUGUUGUGAUUAAAAAUUA